AUGCGACCGCUUGAGAGCCACAACAUUUCCACAAGCGCCGAUGGCGCUUACUCGGUCUUUGCAGCCGACCUGGAUAACGACGGCUACCUCGACGUCCUGAGCGCCUGCGGCAGCAGUGACAUGAUUGCAUGGUACCGCAACAAUGGCAACGGCACCUUCUCCGAGCAGCGCGUCAUUAGCACAGCCGCAGACGGGGCAUACUCUGUCUUUGCGGUUGAUCUGGAUAACGAUGGUCACAUUGAUGUUCUCAGCGCUAGUUUGUACGAUGACAAGAUUGCCUGGUAUCGCAAUAGCGGCGGCGGAGUCUUUUCCGCGCAAAGGGUCAUCACCACGGCCGCCAAUGGGCCAUACUCGGUCUAUGCGGCAGACCUGGACAACGACGGCCACAUUGACGUGCUCAGCGCGAGUGCGUACGACGACAAGAUUGCGUGGUACCGCAAUAGCGGCGGUGGCACCUUUUCUACCCCAAAGGUCAUCACCACAAACGCCGAUUAUGCGCGCUCUGUGUACGCGGCGGACCUGGACAACAACGGCCAUGUCGACGUCCUCAGCGCCAGCGCCUACGACAACAAGAUUGCCUGGUACCGCAACAACGGCGACGGCACCUUUUCCACGCAAAACAGCAUCACCACCGCUGCCAGUGGUGCAUAUUCUGUCUUUGCAGCAGACUUGGAUCGGGAUGGCCAAGUCGAUGUCCUCAGCGCCAGCAGCAUUGACGACAAAAUUGCGUGGUACCGCAACAACGGUGAUGGCGCCUUUUCCUCUCAAAAUGUCAUCACCACGGCGGCCGAUGGCGCCAGCUCGGUGUACGCAGCAGACCUGGACCGGGACGGCUACCCCGAUAUCCUUAGCGCCAGCGCCUACGACAACAAGAUUGCCUGGUAUCGCAACAACGGUGACGGCACCUUCUCUACUCAGAUUGUGAUUGCAACAACAGCAGAGUACGUGACAGCGGUGUAUGCGGCAGACUUGGACGCAGACGGCCACAUUGACGUUCUCAGCGCGAGUCACUACGAUGACACGAUUGCAUGGUACCGCAACCAGUUGAGCCAUAUGUCCCCUUGA